CCACAUGGACAGGCGGCCAUUUCAGUUCACCAGUUCACGUGUGUAAUGCAGAGCUCAUGUUUUUGAAAGGAUCAGUGCCUAAAUAUGACUGAGACACUCAAAUAUCAUGUCUAUCGCAUCGGGCCAAAGUAAUGUUGUCCCUUCAUCGUCAGCCAGCUUGGAGACUCCAUGAGAUCCAGGAGAUGGCAAAGGUGGAGUUAGUGGGGCAAAGGGUACAUGGCUUCUUGGGCUGCGUCAGAGAAAAUGAACCGUCAAGAUAGAGCUACUCUGCUAAGGAUACUGCUUCCGUAGGAGAUCUGAGUCCGGCGCCAUGACUCAACUGGAAGAAUUCUCACACCCAGAAAUCAUUACCGCCACGAGGAAUUUCUCGGAGGACCUGAUCAUCGGCCGGAGCAAAAAGCAAUGGCUGUACAAAGCUUCCAUUCCCAAAUUCUGCCAGGGCUUCGUCGUCGUCAAGAGGUUCUUGGAGUCGAAGCGCACGAAUUUACAUGCGAUGGUGGAAGAGGUGAAGAUCCACCGCAGCAUGGAAGAUCGUCCGAGUCCUUACAUACUGAAGCUCCUCGGUUACUGCGCCGAAGACAAGGACCCUCUGCUAAUAUACGAGUACGAAUCGCCGGGCGACAAGACCUUGGCGCAGUGCCUGCAGCAGGAUACGCUGGAAUGGAGCAGCAGGCUCAAAAUCGCAACCAACAUCGCCUCAGCGAUCGAAACCCUACACGGAGCGGACGACAGAUUCGCCAAUGUGUCGGUCUACCUUCGAAAUUUGCAGUCGGAUGAUAUCCUCCUCGACAGGAUGAAGAAGCCCAAAAUCGCGGAUUUUAGCAGCGGCAUCGUCAUGCCGACCUCCGCCAACUGCAAGAAUUACAGCAGCACCAUCAGGCCGGGCCUCGCCAUCGGCCCCACCGUGUACAUCGAUCCUUACUACAUGAAGACGGGCCAACUUUCGGAGAAGACGGACGUGUACAGCUUCGGUGUGAUGCUCAUGGAGCUCGUCACUAGCAUGAUCGCCAGCGACACCUUCCCAUCGACCGCCUUCGGCUCACACAAGAAUCUGGUAAGUCUCAUCACGGAGACGGUCCACCUCGGAACGUUGUUCGAGCACGACAUCGUGGAUCCUUCUUUCGACUCUUCUCAAUCGUGCCGUGACAGCAUUUUAGCUGUCGCCAAUCUCGCUACCAAGUGCUGCGCUUCCAAUCCCCGCAGCAGACCUUCCAUAAGUGCUGUCCGGAGAGAGCUGGAGGUGAUCAUGAUGAACUACUUCCAGUUGCCUCUGACUACAAUUUUGAACGGCAACAAGCCCCAGCAUCCUCACAAGGGCUUGAAUUCCCAGCAGCUCUAUGACAUGAUGACGCAGCGCUAUAAGAUUAUGUCCUCAAUUAGCAACUUCUCCAUCUGACAGUUGCCAGUAUUCCUCUGAGUCGGACCACAAAACCCGGUGCGGAAACUUUACUCUUGAUUCGGAUGAUACGUCCUAACCAGUUUCGAAGAUUUUGGGGACUUUGUUUGUUGAUGGUGGAAUAAUCACCUUCUUCUACCAAUUUACAGCAUAUUAGAUUUGAUUUGGCUAAAUUUCUGCCUUCCCAUCCUAUACGGCCUACGAAUUUUUCGAUUCAUCAUGUUUAGAGUUCCCUGUCUCAUGUAAAUCUGAAAAAAUCUCGCAGCGAGACUACCCAAUUUGUUUGAUUGCGUGUUGACGCAAGUUUCCAUCUACCUUCGGAGUGGACACCUGCCCAUGAUAUAUCAAUUGCGUUACCCAGCUUUGAAAGCAAUUUAGUAACCACAUCCGCUUGCGUAGCACGCGGAUGUGGUUCCAAAUUUUUUUUGGAGAAUUCUCUCAAUCCCUUAACAUUGACAGUUACGGUCUUGAACACUUAAUGUCAUUUCACCUGACUGCGGGGUAACGAAAAUUAGAGCAAGUAUUCUCAAGAAUGAGAAUACAAGUUCAAAAAAGUUACCAUGUUUCUGUUAUUAGAGCGACCUGUACCUGCUCAGAUGUGGACGACAAAUUUUCGGGGUACAACGAACUCUCUUACAGGGGCAAAGCGAUCCUGAUCUAAUGUGUUAAUAAUAGGACGAGGAGUCGCUACUACAUCAACCCAAAGGUGAAGCGCUGAGGUUUGUUCCCGGAGUCCUCCAGCCGGCAUUCAACUUGAACACACUAAUAUUUCAAAUCUGACACUUCAGGAGUACUCAGACGCGGAGCAGUAGAACAUAUCCAGCACACUGGAAGAAAG